UUGGAACUUUCCAGGGAAUGAUGGAGGAUUUAGGAGAUCGUCUGAAGAUGAUGGUGAAAACCUUCCGGAGGGAAUGCUACAGAGUUCUCCCAUCUGAGAGGACCACUGUCCACGGAGCAGACGGCAUGCUGACGGUGCUGCAACUGGUCACGGCAGAGGUCAACAAACAGCACGGCCGCGAGUUCAAAGUGGCUCUGAGUGACGUUCUGAUGGCCUGGAAGUGUUUACUGCUCGACAAACUUCACCUGACGCCUCCCGGCCCCGCACGCUCACAGAACUAUGAAUUUAUCCUGGAAGCGUACACGUCCUUCCUGAAACGUUCCAACACAGUGGACCUGGUGGAUGUUCUGUCCUUGUACAAACAGCUACGAGUGGACUCAGACCCAGAGGAACCUGUGAGCCCAAUCCAGCUGUUUGAAUUCCUAUUGGGAAAAACGGAGGUCCAAGAGACACUGGAGCCUUCUGUCCCCUCAACAACACCAUCUAGUAAACAUGGACCCUACAGGUCGCAGGUGAAAAUGGCAGUGAGGAGGGUUUUCUUCGCUUAUCUGGAUUUGCUUGUCAACUCGAAGAAUGACGUUGCCUUGUCACUUACUCUCGAUGUCCCUUCUCGCACACUUGGCCGAACAGCAUUUACUGAUGUCAAACACUCUGCACGCAACAACAACACAUCUUUGUUCCUGGCCGUGACGUCAUUUGUUCGGGCCAUCCAGCUGGGAGGAAAAGGCUAUGCGCCACCGCCGUCUGACCCGCUAAGGAAACAUGUCAAAGGCCUGUCCGACUUCGUCCAGUUUCUAGACAACCUGGAAGACAUCCUGGGAGAGAGUCCUGACCCGGGAGCAUGUGGAGCCCAACUCUGUGCGGCCAUCAAGGCAGCGCUGGUGAAGGGCUGCAGCAGCGGGGACGAGGUCUACGCCGCUGCUGAAGAGACAGCGCGGGAGCUGAAGGAGCGGAUCUGCCAUCUCCACCAGAUCCAGAAAGACAAAGCUCACGGAGGCGAGACUGGGAUAAGUCCUGCCAGGCCUAAAGCUUACGCAGUCAAUCACGCGACCGCGUACGGAGGUCGAGAUACUGUGAAGGUGCUGAUAGCUCUGCUGGAUGAAGAAGCUUUGGCUCCUCCUUGUCCAAACAAGGCGGACCUGCUGUCUGAGGACCAACCAACCCUUAAUGGCUCUGAGGGAACCAGCAUCCUCACCUUGUUCAGAUCCCCUGAAGUGUCGAUUGGAUCCUCUCCAGAACCUCUGAAGAACCGCGUCCAGGGCCGGCAAGACCUGCUCAAACCCAAGGUCAGACAGUGUGUGAUCAGAUCCCAGUUUGCCUGCACAUACAAAGACGAGGAACUGCCUCUAAACCGGGUGCUGGACUUCCCCAGUACCAGCCAGCUCCCUGCCUGCGAGUACUCAGACCCAAAACACAAAGUCGCCACAGCUGUGGAUCAGGAGUGCAGCAGCGCUGUGGAGGAUCAGACCACAGGAAAUCUGGCUUCUGAAUGUCCAAAGGAGAAGAAGAGUGGUGUCCAACAGGGGUGUCUUGGAUCAAGAUGUUGGAACGUGCAGAAAAAAGGUGCAGGUCCACACAAGAGAAGCCAAACUGGUGUCCAACAGCAAAGUAAAACUAGCAAGAGGAAGCAAGUGGAUUCAGAGCAACAAGGAAGAUCAGAGAACGAGCCUCCAGAGAAGAAAAAGAUCACCAGUAUCCAUGGAAACGGGCCUGCAAAGAUCGUCGGUAAAGUCUCAAGUAAGAAGAAGCUGAUAGCUGGACAGGUGAAGCUAACGAGCUUCUUCAGAAUCUGAUUUGUGCUGGUUCCAGAACUGGACAUGAGACAGUAUGAAGUCUGAAUAGUUUGGAGCAAAAACCCACUGACGUGUAUUUAAUCUGAUUAUUUGGUCGACUGGUAAAAUGAAACAGUGAAAGCAACUCUGU